AACAGGAUGAAUUUUGGACAUUUGCCUGAAAGUUGACCGUUAAACUAGCUAACGUUCGUCUCAUUUUGGGGACAGUUUUCCUUUUUAAGCGUGUAUUUGUUCAUUUAUGUCGUUGUUUUGUAUUGUUUAAAAGUAUAAUAUUAUAUCAAGCUAUAUUAUAAAAUCAAUUUUGAGUGUGUGUUGCUUGAACUUGCCUUGAAUUACAGGUAAAAAAAAUCGUUGACAGCGACAUCUUGAGGCGACGGGAGCUAACUGUCCAGGUUAGCGAGCCGGUGGCUAACUGUUAGCUAACGUUAGCCAGCCUGCCCAGUUUGCAGACACGUCUACAGACAGUCCGCCACCACCACCACCACCACCGCCGCCGCCGCCGCUGCUGCUGAAUACUACACACAUGUUGAACUCCUGCUGGAAGAAAUGCUAGCUACGAAUAAGGAUUUAUCUGCCUUUCGCACAUACAUAAAUUGAGCACAGCCUCCCCUUAUCAGAUUUGAAUAAUGACUUACAGGGAAUCGCUCUCUGCUGCAGACAGAAUUACAGCUCCCGAUCCAGCCAUGUUCGGCACAGAGUCAUCAUUAAGCAUGUUUCUCAACACCCUGACACCCAAGUUCUACGUGGCUCUGACGGGCACUUCCUCCCUCAUAUCAGGACUCAUAUUGAUCUUUGAAUGGUGGUAUUUCAGGAAAUAUGGGACGUCCUUCAUAGAGCAGGUGUCUGUGAGCCACCUGCGCCCCCUGCUGGGCGGAGUGGACAGCAGCUCCCCCAGCAACUCAAACACCAGUAAUGGGGAGGCCGACUCCAAUCGACAGAGUGUAUCUGAAUGUAAAGUCUGGAGAAAUCCGCUGAAUUUAUUUCGAGGAGCUGAAUAUAAUCGGUAUACGUGGGUAACGGGUCGAGAACCGCUAACGUACUACGACAUGAAUCUGUCAGCACAAGACCACCAGACCUUCUUUACCUGCGACUCAGACCACCUCCGGCCUGCUGAUGCUAUUAUGCAGAAGGCGUGGAGAGAGAGGAACCCACAGGCUCGCAUCUCUGCUGCACAUGAAGCUCUGGAGCUCGAAGAUUGUGCAACAGCAUACAUCCUGCUGGCAGAGGAGGAGGCCACCACCAUCAUGGAGGCCGAGCGUUUGUUUAAACAGGCUCUAAAAGCUGGAGAGGGCUGCUACCGCCGAAGCCAGCAGCUCCAACACCACGGUACACAAUAUGAAGCCCAGCACAGAAGGGACACCAAUGUGUUGGUGUACAUAAAGAGGAGACUGGCCAUGUGCUCCAGAAAGCUUGGCCGAACAAGAGAAGCAGUUAAAAUGAUGAGAGAUUUGUGUGUUUUCCAGUUAAUGAAGGAGUUCCCUCUCCUCAGUAUGUUCAACAUCCACGAGAACCUGCUGGAGUCACUGCUAGAGCUCCAGAACUACGCCGACGUCCAGGCCGUUCUGGCCAAGUACGACGAUAUUAGCUUACCCAAAUCUGCAACAAUAUGCUACACAGCAGCCUUGCUCAAAGCCAGGGCGGUAUCGGACAAGUUCUCUCCAGAGGCAGCGUCCAGGCGAGGGCUGAGCACAGCAGAGAUGAAUGCAGUAGAAGCCAUCCACAGAGCGGUGGAGUUCAACCCUCACGUCCCCAAAUAUCUGCUGGAGAUGAAGAGUCUGAUUCUUCCUCCAGAACACAUCCUGAAGCGAGGCGACAGCGAGGCCAUCGCCUACGCCUUCUUCCACCUGCAGCACUGGAAAAGGGUGGAGGGGGCGCUCAACCUGCUACACUGCACCUGGGAAGGAACGUUCAGAAUGAUCCCAUAUCCUCUGGAGAAGGGUCACCUGUUCUAUCCCUACCCCAUCUGCACAGAGACAGCAGACAGAGAGCUGCUACCCACAGUGUUUCACGAGGUGUCAGUCUACCCGAAGAAGGAGCUGCCCUUCUUCAUCCUCUUCACAGCCGGUCUCUGCUCCUUCACCGCUAUGCUGGCUCUGCUCACACACCAGUUCCCCGAACUCAUGGGAGUGUUUGCUAAAGCUUUCCUCAGCACGCUGUUCGCUCCUCUGAACUUCAUCAUGGAGAAGGUGGAGAGCAUCCUGCCGUCCAGCCUCUGGCACCAACUCACCCGCAUCUGACCCCCAACCGAACCGAACCGAACCGGACCAGAAUCAAGACCCCGUGUACCAGGAGCCGACCUCCAUCCAGACAGAAACAGCUGAACUGAAACCCAGAACGCUGCGUUGGACUGGACUGACACACCUUUGUGCCAAGAUUAACGAGUUCAAACCAAACUGAGAACAGACGACGGGAGGAGGCAUGAAACAAAAAGGCAAAAACAACGGAAUUCAGAAUUGGUUUUGACUUUAUUUGAUAUGUUUGCAUUUUUUUGGGUUUUCAAUUAUUUAAAGCUGUUCUUUUGUUGUACAAAAAGAGGUGAUCAAUUGCCAUCAUUAAAAAAGUGAAAAGACAAAAAAAUACAAUAAAGGACUUUUUGUGUA